AUGGCUCUAACGUAUAUUGAUAUUUUAAAGCGAAUAUCUUUCGCAUUAAAUAAUUACAUUUUUCAGUUUUGCCUGAAACCAAAGCAAGUCAUAUGUUUGGAAGCUUUGUUAAAGGGGAAUGAUGUGGUGGCAGUUCUGCCUACUGGAUUUGGAAAAUCAAUUAUUUUUCAUUUACUUGCUGAUCUCUUCCCAGUUAAAAAUGAAAAGAAUAUUGUUUUGGUCAUCAGCCCUUUAACUUCCAUUAUAAAUGAUCAGGUGAAAUACUUGAAUGGGAUUGGUUUUUCUGCUGCUGUAUUGAACUUGGAACAGAGGAAGUUUGAGGCAGAUGAGAGCUUGUUUGGAAGUAAUGAUGCAGUGGAAGACGACCAUGAUGGUACAAAUAUUACAAUUGAUUGUAAAAUUAUAAAAAAACUUUGGGGUGCUGAAUUUCGUAAAGAUUUUGGAAAAUUAUGCACACUGAAAGCUCUUUUUCCAAGCACACCCAUGAUUGCUUUGACAGCAACUGCACCCCCAAGCAAAAUAAAAAAUUUAAAAGAGAAACUAUGUUUCAGUCCUUAUUGUAAGGUUGUUGUUGCAAAUCCAAAUAGAAAAAAUAUAUUUUUAAAGAAAUUGCCAAGACGCGGAAACAACUUUGGCUUAAGAAGCUAUGACGAUAUUUUAGUUCCCAUUGCUAAAGAGUUAAAUAAAUUACGGGAUGAUUAUCCCAUGACAAUCAUUUACAUGAAGCUAAAAUAUUGUGGCUAUGCUUAUUCGUUAUUUCAGCAAACAGUAACUCCAAAUAACACAAAACUAUUUUGUCAAUUUCAUGCUCCUCAAACAUCUAGAAUGAAGAAAGAAAUCUUAGAUGAAAUUACAAAACAAGAUUCGUCUAUUAGAGUUGUGUUUGCAACCACAGCACUCGGGAUGGGUGUUAAUGCACCAAAGGUUACUGAAGUUAUCCACAUAACGCCUCCAGCCAAUAUUGAAUCUUACAUGCAAGAAAUUGGUAGAGCUGGAAGGCGUGGGCAAAACUCAACUGCAACAUUGUAUUACAAUAAUGCAGAUAUUGCUGUUAAUAAAAAUAAUGUUGACGAUAGCAUGAAGUGCUUCUGCAAAACAGAUCUGUGCUUAAGGAAAUUUAUUCUAAAUUUCUUUGGUUUUAAAAAAUAUGAACAAGAUAAUUGUUGUUCAAAUUGUACAAAGUCUAAUUUGCUGAUAAAAGAAACAACAUUACCUUGCCGUGAUUUAGUAUCAGAAGAUGCUUUUAAAUGCUUACAAACUGAGCUGAAAGAAAUUAUUGAAACUUGGAGACUUUCGCUAUUGACUACCCUUGAUCAAACUUAUGAACUUCCAUCUAUCAAUAAAAAUUUGGUUCAAACACUAUUGAGUAAACUUCCAUUUAUAAGAUCUAAAAAUGAUCUGUUAUUUGAAUAUGAUGUUUGGGAUGAUCAAUAUGCUACCACCAUAUACCUAUAUCUUCUAUACCUUGAAUAA